AUGGCUACUAAGCUACCUUCAGCGCUGUUAACAUGGUUAGUCAUCUCGACCUGUUCCCUCAUUUUCUUCUACUCGAAACUACUUCCUCUGUACCCAUCUUUAAAACCCUCUAAAGUUCCAUCAUCGCAACCCCCAAUACCCUGUAACCUAUUCGCCGGAAAAUGGGUGUUUGACCCCAACAGUCGAAAACCCAUCUAUGAUGAGACCUGCCCUUUCCAUAGAAACGCAUGGAACUGCCUUAGAAACCAAAGAGAUAAUAUGGACCGGAUCAAUUCUUGGAAAUGGGUACCCGAAGAUUGCGAGCUUCAUGAGAUUGAUCCGCUUGAGUUUAUGGGUGUGAUGAAGGAUAAGAGAAUUGGGUUUGUUGGGGAUUCUUUGAAUGAGAAUUUCUUGGUGAGUUUGUUGUGCAUACUUAGGGUUGCUGAUAUGGGUGCUAGGAAAUGGAAGAGGAAAGGGGCAUGGAGAGGGGCUUAUUUCCCUAAAUUCAAUGUUACUGUUGCGUAUCAUCGUGCGGUUUUGCUAGCAAAAUACGAGGAGCAGCCAAAACAGUUGGAGAUCCAUGAGAAAGAUGAAGUGAAGGGUGUACAUCGUGUAGAUGUGGAUAUUCCAGCAAAAGAGUGGGCGGAUAUCGGUGGUUUCUAUGAUGUUCUCAUUUUCAAUACUGGACACUGGUGGGGUUAUGAUAAGUUUCCAAAAGAGUCGCCUCUUGCUUUCUACAAAGGGGGUAAGCCAAUAGUUCCUGCUCCAGAUAUGUUGGACGGGCUUCAAAUUGUACUCAAGAACAUGGCUGCUUAUAUAGAAAAAGAAUUCCCGAAGACACUCAAGUUUUGGCGGUUGCAAUCACCAAGGCACUUCCAUGGCGGUGAUUGGAACCAAAAUGGAAGUUGCUUAUUCAGUGACCCCCUAAAGAAAUCUGAGCUUGACGUGUGGUUUGAUCCCAGCAACAACGGAGUAAAUAAAGAAGCAAGACUGAUCAAUCAACUGCUUAUUGAGGCACUGCAAGAAACGGAUAUUCAACUACUUGACCUGAGUCAUCUGAGUGAGUUCAGAGCCGACGCCCAUCCAGCCACAUGGUUGGGAAAGAAGGAUGCCGUGUCCGUUUGGGGUCAGGACUGCAUGCACUGGUGCCUACCAGGUGUCCCAGACACUUGGGUCAACAUCUUGUGGCAACUUAUGCGUUAUCAGUUAGCCACAAAAUGAUGAUUUGGGCAAUUAAUUUCUCGGAACCCAGAAUGUUACAGAUCUUGCCAAAAGUUGUUUAGAUCAAGAUUCUUCUGCAAAUUUGCUGAUGGGGUAGUUGAUUAUAGAGGAGAUACCAUACAUGGUUCAAUUGUGUAGAUUAGAUGAUUUUUACUACUGAAUUUGUAGAUUCAUUACGUGCAUUUUGGGUACAGGAAGAUCUGUAUGCAUCUUACCUUUCAGAUACUUCUGAUGUGUACGUUUGAUUUGGUUAUUAUAUGUUUUUGGGGGAGUGUUGUUAAA